AUGCUGCCCACCCGGCGCAUGGCACUUACGUCAUCAAGACGCGUUCAAUGAGGAAGUGACGACGUUCCUGGCGCGCGCAGGGCGCUGUUUCUUCUCAGACUCCUCGAUCGGCGGCGGCGACGCAGCGGCGCAGGGUGUUUUAACUCAAAUGGGUGAUGAAAAGGACUCUUGGAAAGUGAAAACUUUAGAUGAAAUUCUCCAGGAAAAGAAACGAAGAAAAGAGCAAGAGGAGAAAGCAGAGAUAAAACGCUUAAAAAAUUCUGAUGACCGGGAUUCCAAAAGGGAUUCCCUUGAGGAGGGGGAGCUGAGAGAUCACCGCAUGGAGAUAACAAUUAGGAACUCCCCAUACAGAAGAGAAGACUCCAUGGAAGACAGAGGAGAGGAGGAUGAUUCCCUGGCCAUCAAACCACCCCAGCAAAUGUCUCGCAAAGAAAAAGCCCACCACAGAAAAGAUGAGAAGAGAAAAGAGAAGCGCAGGCACCGUAGCCAUUCAGCAGAGGGGGGGAAGCAUGCCAGAGUGAAAGAAAAAGAAAGAGAACAUGAACGUCGGAAACGCCAUCGAGAAGAACAAGACAAAGCUCGCAGAGAAUGGGAACGGCAGAAGAGGAGGGAGAUGGCAAGAGAACAUUCCAGGAGAGAGAGGGACCGCCUGGAGCAGUUAGAGAGGAAGAGGGAGCGGGAGCGGAAGAUGAGGGAGCAGCAGAAGGAGCAGCGGGAGCAGAAGGAGCGGGAGCGGAGGGCAGAGGAGCGGCGCAAGGAGCGUGAGGCUCGCAGGGAAGUCUCUGCACAUCACCGCACCAUGAGGGAGGACUACAGCGAUAAGGGCAAGACUGGCCACUGGAGCCGAAGUCCUCUGCGGCCACCACGAGAGCGCUUUGAGCUUGGAGACAGCCGGAAGCCAGUAAAAGAAGAGAAAAUAGAAGAAAGAGACCUACUGUCAGACUUACAGGACAUCAGUGACAGCGAGAGGAAAACCAGCUCUGCUGAGUCCUCAUCAGCAGAAUCAGGUUCAGGCUCUGAAGAGGAAGAGGAGGAGGAAGAGGAAGAGGAGGAAGAAGGGAGCACCAGUGAGGAGUCAGAGGAGGAGGAGGAAGAAGAGGAAGAGGAAGAAGAAGAGGAGACUGGGAGCAACUCUGAGGAGGCCUCAGAGCAGUCUGCGGAAGAAGUAAGUGAUGAAGAGAUGAGUGAAGAUGAAGAACGAGAAAACGAAAACCACAUUUUGGUUGUUCCAGAGUCGCGAUUUGACCGAGAUUCCGGGGACAGUGAAGAAGGGGAGGAAGAAGUGGGUGAGGGGACUCCACAGAGCAGUGCCCCAACGGAAGGAGACUAUGUGCCUGACUCUCCAGCCCUGUCACCCAUUGAGCUGAAGCAGGAGCUGCCCAAGUACCUGCCGGCCCUGCAGGGCUGCCGGAGUGUGGAGGAGUUCCAGUGUCUGAACAGGAUUGAGGAGGGCACCUAUGGGGUGGUCUACAGAGCCAAGGACAAGAAAACAGAUGAAAUUGUGGCUCUGAAGCGGUUAAAGAUGGAGAAAGAGAAGGAAGGCUUCCCAAUCACAUCCCUGAGGGAGAUCAACACCAUCCUCAAGGCCCAGCAUCCCAAUAUUGUCACAGUCAGAGAAAUAGUCGUGGGCAGCAACAUGGACAAGAUUUACAUUGUGAUGAACUACGUGGAGCAUGACCUCAAGAGCCUGAUGGAGACCAUGAAGCAGCCCUUCCUGCCAGGGGAGGUAAAGACCCUGAUGAUCCAGCUGCUGAGUGGGGUGAAGCACCUUCAUGACAACUGGAUCCUGCACCGUGACCUCAAGACCUCCAACCUAUUGCUAAGCCAUGCUGGCAUUCUCAAGGUGGGUGACUUUGGGCUGGCGCGGGAGUAUGGAUCACCCCUGAAGGCCUACACCCCAGUUGUGGUGACCCUGUGGUAUCGUGCCCCAGAACUGCUGCUUGGUGCUAAGGAAUACUCUACAGCUGUGGACAUGUGGUCAGUGGGCUGCAUCUUUGGAGAGCUGCUAACCCAGAAGCCUCUGUUUCCUGGGAAGUCAGAAAUUGAUCAGAUCAACAAGGUUUUUAAAGACCUGGGGACUCCCAGUGAGAAAAUCUGGCCUGGCUAUAAUGACCUCCCAGCAGUCAAGAAGAUGACCUUCAGUGAAUAUCCCUAUAACAACCUCCGCAAGCGGUUCGGAGCUUUGCUAUCAGACCAGGGCUUUGAUCUCAUGAACAAGUUCCUGACAUACUACCCUGGAAGGAGGAUCAACGCAGAAGAUGGCCUCAAGCACGAGUAUUUCCGAGAGACCCCCCUCCCCAUCGACCCCUCCAUGUUUCCCACAUGGCCUGCCAAAAGCGAGCAACAGAGGGUGAAGCGUGGCACAAGUCCACGGCCACCAGAGGGCGGCCUAGGCUACAGCCAGCUGGGUGACGACGACCUGAAGGAGACAGGCUUCCACCUCACCACUACGAACCAGGGAGCCUCCGCUGCAGGCCCCGGCUUCAGCCUCAAGUUCUGAGGUCAAGAGUGGCCCUGGCCCAGCCAGGGAGAGACAGCUUGAGCUGCUGAGUCAGAAUGCCUAUCUUGGAACUGCUCAUCUGAACUUUGUCUUUCCUUCUUUUUGAAAUAUAUAUUUUGGUUUGUAAAUUUGUAGAAUUAAAUCACAUUUUCCUUCUGGAAGGCAAGCUGUUUUCAGAGGUGUCGUGAGUGCCUGCAGGUGCCACAGAUGUCCUGCCCCUCCCCACGGCAGGACCUGGUCUGGAGCAGAGCUGGGGUUCUCUGCCUCUCAGUCUUGGAGGCUGCGGCUUGUGUGUGGUGAUUGAGGCAGCUUGCUUCUUCCUGGGGUGUCAGCACCAGCCCUAUCCACACUGGCCUCAGCCCCAGAAACCAGAUGUGUGACAGCCUCAGCCAAGGUGGAUUUUUAUUUAUGAGGUUGUUACUUUUUUUGUUUGUUUGUUUUUGAGACAGGGUCUUCUUGUAACCCCAGCUGGCCUGGAACUCAUUAUGUAGACCAGGCUGGCCUUGAACUCACAGAGAUCCACCUGCCUCUGCCUCCCGAGUGCUGGGAUUAAAGGCAUGUACCAUCUCGCCUGGUUGUUACAUAUUUUAAGAAGUAGUAAACUGUACUUGGACGAA